AGCCCGCCUCAAUCGAGCUGUCAGACGGCAAUACCUUCACAGAACGCGAUCGAACACGUUGUUUCGCUCCAGGUCUUUUAUUCGUGGUUAUUUCUGUUCGUGUUAUAUAGUGUAAACGGUUUUCACGCGCCUCACUCACAAUGUUCUGGGGACUCAUUCUUAAGCCAGGGAAGAAAUAUUCCAAAGUGGUGGAGCAAGACUUCCACCUUACGCACGCUGCCCUCGACCUCACGGACAGCAGCGAAAAUGUGCAGGUUAUGCUAACAACGGAAAACAUCACCUAUUUGCUGUGCACAUUGAACAAAGCGAUUCCUCAGGUUGUGCUGGACCAGGAGUUCGCAACCGGAGACGAGAUCAGUUUCGCCACCAAGGGCCAGGGAGUGGUCCAUCUCACCGGGAACGUGCUUCCGGAUGGUAUGGACGACAUGGACGAUGAGGAAGAUGAGAUGGAGGAUGAGGAAGAGGAGGAGAUGAUGGCUGCAAACGGCAAACCGCGCAGCGCGAAGCAGGCGGCCCAGGUAAAGGUGGCUAAAAAGAUAGCGGCCGGCGAGGUGUCCGACGAAUCGGACGAGGAUGACGCCACAUUCACGGAAUCCAUGCUCGACGACAGCGCAGCGAACGGCGUAGAUGAUGAGGAUGACGACGAUGACGACGAUGAGGAGGAUGAUGGCCAAAGUGACGAUGAUGACGACGACGAGGACGAAGACGGCGGCGAGGAAGAGGACGAGGAGGAUGAUGAUGAUGAUGAGGAGGAGGACGACGAGGACGAGGAAGAGGAGGAAGAUGAACACCCGAAGGCCAAGCAAGCCAAGCUAAGCAACGACGCCAAGGCAGUAAACGGAAACGCUAAAAGCGCGAAGGAAGCUCCCAAGAAGCCGGAACAGCAGCAGGAGCAGAAGAAAGGUGGCAUGCGUACGCUAGCGGAUGGGCUUAUGGUCGAAGACAUCAAGGUGGGCACUGGACCUGAGGCCAAACCGGGAAAGAAGAUAGCGGUUUAUUAUGAAGGGCGCCUUAAGGCUAACAACAAGGUUUUCGACAGCACCAGCAAGGGUCCGGGGCUAAAGUUCAGCCUGGGACGAGGAGAGGUCAUCAAAGGGUGGGACUUGGGCGUAGCAGGCAUGAAGGUGGGAGGAAAGCGACGCCUCGUCAUUCCCCACAAACUGGCUUACGGGGCAAAGGGCAGCCCACCGGUAAUACCGCCGUGCAGCACCCUAGUGUUUGAGGUAGAACUCAAAAAGGUGUUCUAGAGAGGCGCGGGUAAAUGUUAAGGAAUUCCAAUCAUAUUCAUAAUAAAGAUUAAAAUCUAACACCGGUACAAAA